GCAAAAGCCAAGGGACGGCAAAGGGCUACGACAACAGCAAGAGCAACGGCAGCAGCAGCAGCAGCAGCAUGCAUUGACAUGACGACUGCUGCGACGACGUCCGAAGCAGAGACGCCGUCAUCCUCGAGUAAGAUGGCCGGCGGCGCCCCAAUUGCGUCGCAAACAUUGACGAGCGCCCAGACGAAGCCUGAUCUGCUUAAGGUGGCGCGUUCUCAUGUGCCGCGCUCAAGCUCCCCGGCCGCCACGAUGGCGGCCUAUCGGGCCUAUCGAGACUCGGUCAGGCCCCCUGUUCUGUCUACCUAUACCAUCAUGGGUUUCCUUUCGUCGGGCACGUAUGGGCGCGUAUACAAGGCCCGUCUCAAGAAUGUGACGAGUGCGCAGCAAAGCACACAGCAACCUGGCGCAGCUCCCGGUGGCAACGAGGACGAGGCUAGCGGCUCAGUGUUUGCCAUCAAGAAGUUCAAGCCCGACAAAGAGGAGCACGCUUCCUACUCGGGCAUCAGCCAGAGCGCCAUGAGGGAAAUAGCACUCAACAGAGAGCUUUGCCACGAGAACAUCGUGACGCUUCGCGAGGUGAUUCUCGAAGACAAGUCAAUCUACAUGGUAUUUUCCUAUGCUUCGCAUGAUCUCCUCCAGAUCAUCCACCAUCACAGCACAAUCGUUCGCCAGCCAAUCCCUCUACCCAUGCUCAAGUCCAUCCUAUACCAGCUCCUCAACGGCGUCCACUAUCUACACAGCAAUUUUGUGCUGCAUCGAGAUCUAAAGCCCGCCAACAUCCUCCUGACAAGCUCAGGUGUUGUCAAGAUUGCCGAUCUUGGGCUUGCGCGUGUCUUUGAGGCUCCACUCCAGUCGCUCUAUUCUGGCGACAAGGUCGUGGUGACCAUCUGGUACCGUGCCCCUGAGCUGCUGCUUGGUGCACGUCACUACACGACCAAGAUUGACAUGUGGGCCGUAGGCUGCAUUUGGGGCGAGCUUAUUGCGCUUCGACCCAUGUUCAAAGGCGAGGAGGCCAAGAUGGACCCAAAGAAUAAGCAGACGCCCUUUCAGACGGACCAGUUUCGCAAGAUCGUCGAGGUGCUUGGAACGCCCACCAAGGACGUCUGGCCUGGUAUCGAAACAAUGCCGGAAUACAAGACGUGGUGGCCGCAUCUUCAACAGCGUCUCGAGGGCUUUUCGGACGGACUGCUUAAUUGGUUCUCAACCAGGACGAGGCCGCCGUCGCAGGGCUUUCCCCUCUUUCACGACUUGCUGCAGUACGAUCCACUCCGGCGCUCAUCUGCUGCGCAGGCCCUCAAAGACCCGUUCUUUAACGAAGUUGAACCGUUACCAACGAAGAAUGUAUUCGCAUCACUGGCAAAUACGAGAGAAGGUGAGACGGUGUACCCUGCGAGGCGCCUCAUCAAGGACGACACGGACCCGAAGAUGGUCAGCACAGUCCCCCAGCAGCCUCAGCCGUUGCCCGCCGCAUAUCAGCAGCAGCACCAGCAGCACCAGCAACAACACUCGCAUCAGCAGCAGCAGCAGCAGCAGGCACAAUUAUCUGGUUCUUCAUUGCGACCACCUCCCACAAACAAUGUCUUUGGGCCAGCCUCAGCGGGCGGAGGCGCUGGCAAACUUGUAACAGGCGCGCCCGGUCCUUCUAUGCUCCUCUCCUCAGCCGCAGCGGCUGGCCUCGUAGGUGGCGGCCCCUCUGCCCCUCCCCCUGCGCCGGGAAGCGUCGGGAGCGCAGGCCCCAGCAGCGUGACGAGUACGACUGGCGAGGGGGCAGGAGGCCCAUCAUCCUUUCACCCCGGCAGCAGCAGCCUCGUCGGACCAGCUUCGGCCUCGUCAUCGACUCCCUCAACCGUACUGGCUGCCAAUACAGCUGGUGGUGGUAAUGGGACGGGUGCUAACGGCGGCAGUGGCGCUGGCGGAAACGCCACAGCCAGAGGAGGGUUGGUUGGAACUGCAACGGCCAAUGCCAACCGGGCGGCGAAGCGGCAGAAGCUUCAGCAACAGCAACAGCAGCAAUAGUAGACUGUUCCUUUCUCUCUUUUCCUUCACAUUGUAAAACAAAGACAACCACUUCCAUUCCAUUCAAAUCUUCUCUC